GUUUCUAAGACUGCAGGGUGGGAGAUGCAACAAUGGCCUUGAGAACAGCAGGAAGUGUGUUGGUGGUCUUUCUCUGGUCUGUAGCAGUGGCACUGGGUCAGAAUGGCUGGAGUGUUACAUACACCACUCAGAGUAUCUGUACCUUGAAGGGGUCAACAGUGGAGAUGUCCUGCUCUUACACAUAUCCCAGUGGUUAUAUCGUCACAUCAACCUUCUGGUUCAUAACAAAUAAUGCUGAGGGGAAUCCUGUUAGUCUGAGUGGUGACCCAGACUACAAAGGUCGUGUGAUGUACCAUAGAGAUAAGAAGAAUGGCCACACCCUGACAAUCACAGACCUGAGAGAGAGUGACUCAGCUACGUACAUGUUCAGCUUUAUAACAGAUCAGACCAGAGGGAGAUAUCCUGUUAGUCCUGGAGUCACUCUGUCUGUAACAGACCUGCAGGUGAAGGUGACUCCUACAUGGUGGGCAACAUGGAAGACACUGACCUGUAGCACCACCAGCUGUCCUCUGACUGGUAACCCCACCUACAUCUGGUACAAGAACGGACAACAUCUAGAUGAGAGUACCUCCCCCCAGUACAAAUACUCAGUCUAUAAUGACUAUGAUGCCAGUUAUUCCUGUGCUGUAAAAGGCCAUGAGGAUCUCCACUCUCCUGCAGUGUGUGUUCAGGGUCAGAGCUGCAGCAGAGUGACUUACACCAAGAGGAGAAUCUGUGUCUUGAAGGGGUCAACAGUGGACAUAUCCUGUACUUAUGUUGGUUAUUAUUCCACCACAUCAACUUUCUGGUUUAGAAGUGAUAAGUCGACCCCUGAAGACCUAACCACAGACCCAGGGUAUGCAGGUCGUGUGGAAUACACUGGAACAUACAGAGGUCCCUUCACCCUGAGAAUCACAGAUCUGAGAGAGGAGGACUCAGCUGAGUAUCGCUUCACUUUUAAAACAUACAGCAUUGAAUGGGGUCAUAGUUUCCCAGGAACAACUCUGACUGUCACAGACCUGCAGGUGAAGGUGACUCCUGGCACAGUGACAGAAGGAUCAUGGGUUAUACUGACAUGUAGCACCACUUGUACUCUGACUGAAAUCCCCAACCCCACCUACAUCUGGUACAAGAAUGGAGAAGAGCUAUUUUCUGACUCCUCUCCCCAGUAUCAAUACUCAGUCAGUAGAGGAGGUUCUGACAGCUACUCCUGUGCCUUAAGAGGCCAUGACAAACUCAGCUCUUCCAAAGUCACAGUGGAUACUUCUUCUCUGAGCUGCUUAAAGGUGACCUACACCAGUAGAGGCAUCUGUUCCUUGAUACCAUCAGUGGACCUGCCUUGCACUACCAUAUAUCCCACAGACCUGCAGGUGAAGGUGACUACUGACACAGAGGCAGGGAAGAGGACACUGACCUGUAGCACCACCUGUACUCUGACUGGUAACCCCACCUACAUCUGGUACAGGAAUGGACAGUCUCUUGCUUGGCUCACUUCCCAACAACACUCUGUCUGGAGUUCUGAAACAGAAAGUUACUCCUGUGCUGUUAAAGGCCAUGAGGAUCUCCGCUCUCCUGCAGUGUGUAAUCAGGGUCACAACUGCUGGAGGGUGACUUACACCAAGAGGAGAAUCUGUGUCUUGAAGGGCUCCACAGUGGACAUAUCCUGCUCUUACACUCAUCCCACUAGUUAUAUAGAACAAGGUUCAUUCUGGUUUACACAGAAACACCCUGUAGAUCUCAGUUCAUAUCCAGAGUCUGCAGGUCGUGUGCAGUACAAUAGGAAAACAGAGAAACACCACACCAUGACAAUAACACACCUGACGGAGAAGGACUCAGCUGAAUACAAAUUUAGAAUAAUAACAACAGAUGAGGGGAGAUUUUCUGGUCUUCCUGGUGUGAUGUUGACUGUCACAGAUAUCCUGUUGGAGAUGGAUCCUACGUCUGUGUCAGAGGGGGAGAGAGUCACACUGAGAUGUAGAACCCAAUGUGCAGUCGGUCUCAACCCCACCUACAUCUGGUACAAGAACGGACAAAGUCUGACCAACCCAAUCACCAGUUAUAACAGCCUGAUCCUAGACCCAGUCACCAGUUAUAACAGCCUGAUCCUAGACCCAGUCACCAGUUAUAACAGCCUGAUCCUAGACCCAGUCACCAGUUAUAACAUCCUGAUCCUAGACCCAGUCAGCAGUGAGGAUGCAGGGAACUACUCCUGUGCUUUAGAAGGCUUAGAGAGAAUCCUCUCUCCAGAAGAGACUCUCACUGUCAGAUAUGGUCCAAGGAACACUUCAGUGUCAGUCAGUCCCUCUGGUGAAAUAGUGGAGGGCAGUUCAGUGACUCUGACCUGCAGCAGUGAUGCCAACCCACCUGUGCAGAGUUACACCUGGUACAAGAAGAAUGGAGGUCACUAUCAGUUCUCCAAUGUGAACACAGGACCACAUCACGUCUUCUAUCUUAUCAAGUCAUCUGACACUGGAGAGUACUACUGUGAGGCCUGGAAUGCGAUUAAAACAGGGAGGUCUGAGUCAAUCAACAUGGAUGUGAAAUAUGCUCCAAAGAACACCUCAGUAUCAGUCAGUCCCUCUGGUGAAAUAGUGGAGGGCAGUUCAGUGACUCUGACCUGCAGCUGUGAUGCCAACCCACCUGUGGACAAAUACACCUGGUACAAGAAGAACGUAACCUCACCAAAAGCAUCAGGACAGAGUUACAACAUCACUAACAUCAUCUCUGAGGACAGAGGAGAAUAUUACUGUGAAGCUGAGAAUAUAAUAUCAUCUAAUAACUCUACAGCUCUGAUGAUCAUUGUAGCAGGGAAACAAACCUCAGUUCUGACUGCAGCUGUAGGAAUCAUAGUGGUUGUUCUGGUUCUCAUCCUCUGUCUCUCUGGACUCAUGUGGUUCAGGAAGAAGGCCUCCAAAUCCACCUCUGACACAAGAGACACAGCAGACGAUGGACAGGGAGACUCUAGUCCAGUGUAUGACAACGUCUCAAGCCUGGCCAUGAGCCCUACAGACAACCCCACAGACAACCAGGAUGACAUUCACUACGCCAGCGUCCACUUCUCUCAUUCCAAAAACCAGGAAGUGCCUCUGUACUCCACCGUCCAACUGCCUCCAUCCCAGAAACAGGAAGAAGAUGUCCAGUACUCUGCUGUGAAAUUCAACCUCCCCAGUGCUGCCACCUGACCCGCAGCAACACAAGCAUCUGAGGAGAACCCAUCUGUUCUCUACAGCACAGUCAACAAACCAUGAAGACCGGAACAUUACAGAACCAAGAAAACCUGAACAGAACUAACCCCGAACCAAAAAGACCUGAACAGAACUAACCCAGAACCAAGAAAACCUGAAC